AUGGCGACUGCUCGCAGGCCAGUUGAUAAGAUUUCUACCGGUCAUACAGCAUGUAUCCACUAUAUUGCGCAUGAUUACUACGGAAAACGCAUUGCCACUUGCUCCAGUGACAAGACCAUUCGCGUGUUUGACAAGGAUGAUGAUGAUCAAUGGCGAUUGAUAUCACCUCCGUUUGGAGGAUCCGGUUCUGGUCAUAGAUCUGCGAUAUGGAAGGUGGAUUGGGCUCAUCCUGAGUUUGGACAAGUUUUAGCUUCAUGCUCGGAUGAUCGAACGGUGAUCAUUUGGCGAGAGAAAGAGUUCGGAUACUCUGGGAACUCCGAGUUCAAGAUCAAAUUCGAGGUUGAAAUUGCGAAUCGAAUGACAGUUACCGGAAUGAACACUUUCUCACAGCCUGUAGCCACACUUAUGGACUUUCAGAAGGCAGUGAACAGUAUUGCGUUUGCUCCAAGCCACUUGGGACUGCAGCUGGCUUCAGCAUGCAACGACGGAAAGGUUAGAAUACACCAAGGAAACCCAACAAAUCUCAACCAGUGGACGCUUUCAAGCGAAUUCGAUGUCGAUGGAGCUGGUUUGUCUUCAUACAUUACCUGUGUCAGCUGGAAUAAGAAUAGAGUCGAACAACCCAUGUUAGCUGUGAGAGACAUUGAUUGGGCUCCAAACAUGGGACGUCCAAUGCAUCUGCUAGCCGCAGCCAUCGGCUCAAGUGUUCAGGUGUGGAGGCUUCCGCUGUUCACAGGAUGGAGCUCGGCGUCAGGAGAUCGCAUUGAAAACUUGGACAAGCCUUCGGUGCUGCCAACUCCUCAAGAAGACGCGAGCGGAGCUGUGAUGCCCUACUGGAGAGUUGGAUGGAACUUGACGGGAACGACUUUGGCUGCUUCGGCUGAGAAUGGGCAGGCAAGCAUGUUCUGUGCGCUUCUAUCGAUGAAGUAA